CUCAUCGUCAGUCUCAGUUUCCUACUGCUCCUGCAGCGCAUAGUCUCCUCAAAUCCAACGAAACGCACCUUCAUCGCAGAGUUUUCACCCGAGAGUUAGUUGUCGACAGAGCUCUGACUUGGUGGUAUUGUCUCAUCCUCAGUUGUAUCAUCCACACACUCGUCUCCUUUCGCCCCACAAGUUAUCGCAGUGCUAUAAAAAUAUUGGCAGUCUCACUGGAAGAGAAAUAUGGUUCACUCACAAUCAGUCAUUCGCAUUACGACGAAGAUUGAACUUUUUCAUGAAUAAGCAGGGAUCAAUAUUUGUAAAUAACUAACUUACACUUGUUCCUAGAAUAGUUAUCACAAAGUGAAUAAUCUGCAAUGUCAAGUCAACAGGGCAAAUAAAAUAUUACAAUGUAUCUGUCAUAACCACAUCGUCUCAUUUUCCCCAAUAAAUCUGAUUCUGCUAAUAAAUAGCUCAACUGUGAUCCAUAAUUAAGGAGAAUAAAAAUGAGAACAGCGUGACUGUCCUACUUUAUUACAAGACACGUGUAAAUGAUUCAUCUUCUCAUGUCUGGAACUGAAACAUUUACUUCAUUAAAAAAUAUGCGUCGUAGUGUGCGACACAGCUGAAGUCAUAUUUUUAACUGUCAUUUUCGACACUCGGAUUGGACCAGGAUCGUUGACUGGCAAAGAGGAAGGAAUCUAAAAGUGGAAUAAUAAUAAAUUCUCCUCCUUCGAACAAAGAAAGACUUUUGGACGUCAUCUUAGCAUAAAAAUAAAGAGGGCACAAAGGGAAGCUAAUUAAAACUUUUAGAGAGAAGCUCACAAAGAAUCCAAGUGAAUACAAAAGUGUAUUGAACAAAUGAGCACUUUACUUGACUUUACUUGACAUCAGGGUGAAGAGAAAAAGGAGGAAAUUAUCAUUUAAUGAGUUAAGUUGUACGACAAAAGUUUUAAACUCUUUUAAGACAGUGGAGGACAGCUGCUUGUCACCUGAGACGGAAGUCCACCUCAAACUCGGCUUCACUGCUACAAGAAAUCCAAGUUGACUUUCCCCGUCUUUUUUCCUAUUUUUGCAUACAAUCGUCCUUAAUUUGACAGCAGAUAACCAUUCACUCGCUCGCACUGCCUCCUCAAACUUUGUGCACCACCGUGACCGGAAAAAGUUUUGAUUAUCCAGAAAAGGAAUAGGAUACACAUGUGUCUCUACUACGAUUUUUUUACCAUUACGUGUCUCGACUCCACUGCCUGUCGAAAGUCAUCAACUGAAAAAUUAUAAUGUUCACAGUGCAAAAAAUCUGCUCGAGUUAGCGAAACAAUAUGAGUCGUGAUCAGUGGUUGCCAUCAUGUGUGGCUUUAACAAUAGCUUUAUUCACCCUCAACAUUAUACCAGGACUGCUUGGACUAAAGCAUGUGGAGGUCAUAGCACCAAAAUAUGUCCGGCGUGGGGCUGACGUCCGUCUGUCUUGCCACUACGACCUGGAGAAAGAAACUCUAUAUGCCACAAAGUGGUACAAAGGCCCCCCUCCAUUCAAGGAAUUUUUCCGCUUCCUCCCCAAAGAGACACCACCAGCCUUGGCCUUCAACCUUCCUGGUGUUUAUGUAGAUGUGACAAUUUCCAACGACCACGACGUCGUCCUCAAAAACGCUUCUUUUCAAACGUCGGGGUUGUACAAAUGUAGCGUUGCGGCAGAGUUCCCUUUCGAGACGCGUGACGACUCACGCGAAAUACGAGUUAUUGUGAUUGGAGAGAGUGCGCCAAUAAUGCGACUGGACAGCCGACCUCAAUACCACCCUGGAGACCUGGUCUCAGCCGAAUGCCGAAGUCCGCCAUCCUUUCCCUCGUCUAAUAUUACCUGGUACAUCAACGAUAUCAAGGAUCAUGGAAGUGUUUUGAAGACUGAAACGAGAAAAGAUGAGAAAGAUCCGUUGACGAAAACCACACUGUCCAGUAUCUCAUUUAAUCUUCCUGAGAAAGUAACACCUGUCCGAAUUUAUUGUCAUGCGACGGUGUUAAACGUUUACGACAAAAAGUCCAACGUUACAAUGAUACAUCCUAUCCCGCGACGGUUGACGGGAACGGAAACGCUCUUGCGUUCUGGUUCUUCAUCAAGAGCUUCCACGGAGUCAGUUUUUCUGGUCUUACUGUUAGGAUUACUAAAUUUUGAAAUAACUUGUACGAAUUCUUGCUCAACAGUGCUUCAAAUACCAUAGUCAUUACUACCACAGAUUAUUGUAAAGGUUAUUCUCGUUUAAUGAUGAACAUAAUGAUUGAAUUUAGUUCCAUAAUCUCAAUUAAUGUAUUAAUUAAUAUAUACAGAGUUCAAGUUUGAUUUAAUUUAUUCGUACAAGAUAAAUACUUACAUAUAAUUGGAUCAAUACACAAUAAAAUUAAGUAGGUGAUUUUAUGAACAAUAUUUUGCAUACAAUUUUUUCUUGAUUACAAUAUAAUUGGAUUUGACAUGCAACCUAAGAAAGUGUAUACUGGCGAUGUACAUUUUAACGAUUUUAAUU